CUAACCCCCAAAAAUCCAUGGGCCAUCAUCUGAUGAUUAAACCAUGCAAUACACUAAGUAGAAACAAAUUAUAACAAAGACAUCUUAGAACUUGAGAGUCUUAGGAAAAAAUGGCUGCAACAAUGGCAUCUACUACCACAAUAGCAGGCUUGGCCACUUCAUCCCUCUCACCAGCAAAGAGAACAACUCUAAGUUCAGGUUUUAUCAGAUCUCCAGUUACUAACAGAAACCCAUUAAAGCAAAGUCUCACUUCUGGUGGAAGAGUAACAUGCUCAUUCCAGAGGGACUGGCUAAGGAAAGACUUGAACGUUAUCGGUUUUGGAUUGAUCGGUUGGCUCGCUCCAUCAAGUAUACCAUUAAUCAAUGGAAACAGUUUGACUGGACUUUUCUUCAAUAGCAUUGGAGAGGAACUCGCUCACUUCCCUACUCCCCCAGCCAUCGCUUCUUCCUUCUGGUUGUGGUUGAUCACGUGGCACUUGGGGCUCUUCAUUACCUUGACAUUUGGGCAAAUUGGUUUCAAGGGGAGGACUGAAUCAUACUUCGACAAAUGAUUUACUGAUCUGUCUAUCUAAUGUAUAUCAAUUUGUGUGUUAAAUCUGUACCCACUUCUUCUCUUGUUGUGUAAUAUUUGAAAUUUGGUUAAUGUGUCAAUACUUUCUAAGGCAGUUGA